UCUCUGCGCGAUCAGUUCGUUCGGAACAAUCCAGAUUUCUCACUCGAAUCAAAUGUGGCCUUAACGAUUGUGCCAACCAUAGCACAGCGUCGAGCUCUGGCCAGUCUUUUAUGUCCACCAGCAGAUCCUUUCAACCCUGAACCGAGUUAUCGUGUACCGUUAACGCGAACAGGAGCUAAUGUGCAGAGUGUGUUCCAACUCAUUUUAUGGAUCCAUCCGAAUUAA